AUGACAGGUUUGAUUGCUGAUGACAUUAUAGCCGCAAGAAGAUUCGUUGUCCAGGUGAAAGGCCACGAUGUUCAGCAUGUACACGUUUGCGUCAGCAAUGCUCCUUCACUGAGGCCAACCCUAUCAAUGAGGAUACCACGAGCAGGCUGGAGAAUCGCAUGUCCUCCACCGAUGCAAGAAACUACACCAACAUCGACGUCAGACAGGAAUAACCGUAUACCAUCAUUCUCAUCAACCUCUCCUCACACGGCCCUUCCUUUAAUAACGUCAAUACCAACGGAAAUAACCACGAGGGCUAUUGACUUUUACUUUCGCCACAUCCACCGACAGCCUCUCUGGCUUUUCGGCGAGCGCCCUUUACUACCCUCAGAUACAUCUGAGGAACUGGUCUAUGCGAUGCUAGCUUUAAGUAUGACUUAUAAUACGGAAGAUAUGCCCAUGGAUAACCUUCAAAGCCCUGACUCCUAUAACAAAAUGGCCCGGAGAGGCGUUAUGCUCAAAAUCGCGGAGGGCAGAGUGACUAUCAGAUGCGCUCAGGCGCUGUGCCUGCUAGCAUACUACAACUUCAUCUUAGGCAACGUCCCCAUGGCUGGCUUUGACAUAGCAACUGUUCAGAACCUGAUCCAGCUUCUUCCCGGUAGUGAGCGCAACCAAAGCGGCUCAACAGUCUCGCAAGACAAGGCCCGACUCUUCUGGAGUAUUCAGUUCCUGAGCUCUUCUUGUGGCAGGCCAGUCCUGUUGCCUUCCAUAUCAACAAGUAUCGACGCACCGCAAAUGCUCACGGUCGAGACCCGAGAUUCUCUGGGAAGCUGUGUUCCUGCUCCAAAGGCAACUGACUCCGGUCUAAGGGAGACUCUAGUUGACGUAUGGUCUCAGUCCCUCAAAGUUUGCGGUCUCUGGAGUGAUGUUAGACUGUACAUCGCCAAGUGCUUUGAAGGCUUAGCCAAACGUCCUUGGCAUCCAGAUUCAGACUACACCAGGCUUUGUUCACGAUUACUUGAGGUAGAGAUGGUCUAUCCAAUCUCCCUGAGUUAUAACGCAACGAAAUUCCCAGAGGUCCAUCCUCUAGAAGUGGAGAAUAACCGUAUGGAUUGGCUGCCAUGGCUCAGAGUUCAAAUGACCUACCAUACCAUUCACUGCGUCCUGAAUCACCCAUCUCUAUAUACAGUCAUGGCUGAAACGCCAAAGAGUAGACUUGGGGGUGACUCAUUCUGGAGAGCAUCGUAUCUGAAAGCUUUAAGACACUGUACCUGGGUCUCAAGGUUGAUUCGAACAGCAGAGGAGAAGAAUCUUCGACUGGCUGAUCCUUUCUUUGCUCAGGCAGCAGCCAUUGCCAGUACUCUUCACUUGUACUGGACAAGAACGAAUGAUAGUCAAUUGCAGGCAUCCUCAGUGAGAAACCUGGAAGUUUGCAGAAAUCUUGUGAGGGAGAUGGCUACAUGUUGGCCAGUUUGCAAGACAAUUGAGCAUACGCUGGAUCAGUUCAUCGAGUCAACUGAUCGCUCAACCCAGAUGGCGACUGACAAAUCAUCCCCUGCCGUUGUCAGGACAUCACUCAUCUGGGUCCUGCUAGACGUAGCCGCACCGCAAUUCCCCAACUACCACGACCAAAGCGUUCACGGUCGAGAUGUUUGGGGCGGUCAUGCAGCUACUCAGGACGAAGAUGGACUGCCAAGGUCCGAGACAAGUUCACCACCAACAGAUAUGCGAGAGUCAACAGCUCAAUACGCGUCACCUCCAGCUUGGGUAUCGGAAAGGACAGAUACAAAUCCGCAAGAAACCGUGGAGACCGGGACGAUCGCAUCACAUCAUGGGGUUAAUGAUGAACAUAUGACUACUUAUGAUCUGGCCUGGGGACCUUGGGAGAAUCUCGGACCGAUGGGUGAGAACUUUAGUAUGACCAUGGACUGGUGGGAUAUGAAUCAAUUUUAG